AUGGAUUAUCUAAAGUCAACGUUGUCUCGGGUCGUGUUAGGUAAAGAUAUACCGACUCUUUCUUUUAAUAUUGCUGAAAAAAUCGACUCAUACGAAGGCGCAUCAAUAUGGUCUUUAUAUCAGGGAACCAAAAAGGAGGACGGAAGUCCAAUAUCUAUUUUCACUUUUGAUUGCGUUAAGCAAAAAGAUAAAUUGCCUUUAGCCAAAAAUGCUUUUAAGAAAUUUCGAACCAUUAGGCAUCCAGAUUUUUUACGUUAUGUUGAUGGUGUAGAGACUGACUCUAAUAUAUAUAUCGUUACCGAAAAUGUUACUCCUUUAAGAACACAACUUAAUGCUCAUUCUGAUGAUAAUUUAAUGUCAUGGGGGUUAUAUAAAGUGGGGAGCGCAUUAAAAUUCUUAAAUAAUGAUUGUUCAAUGAUUCAUGGUAAUGUUCGGAUUUCGUCAAUAUUUAUUAAUAAAGCUGGUGAAUGGAAAUUGGCUGGAUUUGAACUUAUGAGUUCUCCCAAGGAAGACAACCCUACUUAUGGUGGGUUAGUGGUCGAUUCUUCUAAAUAUGCUUCUCCUGAGAUCGCGAAAAAUUCUUGGAAUAUUCUAAAGGAACAUGAUGUGUGGGUAACAGACUCGUGGAAUUACGGAACUUUGAUCUAUGAAGUGUAUAAUGAAGCGUUCUCAUCUACUAAUCAACUUGAAAAUACUGGUGCCAUACCACAGAAUAUUCUGACUCCAUACAAACAAUUGAUAAGAGCCAAUCCAAAAUCUCGAAUUAAAAUAUCUGCUUUCAUUGAUGUUGGUUUACAUGCUGGUGGAUUUUUUCAGAAUGAUCUGGUACAAAUUAAUUUAUUUUUGGAAAAUAUGAACAUUAAAGAAGCGAGGGAAAAAGAUAUUUUUUUUAGCAAGUUGAUUAAUAUGAUUGAUAAAUUACCCGUAAAUAUUUGCAAAUAUAAAAUUUUGCCGGAACUCCUUAAAGCUUUAGAAUUCGGCUCAGGCGGUGCAAAGGUACUACCUUCUAUAAUGAAGAUUGGUGAAACUCUUGAUGAUAAUGAAUAUGAAGAAUUUAUAGUCACUUCUAUUGUAAAAAUGUUUGCUGUACCUGAUCGAACUAUGCGCUUGAGUUUAUUGGAAAAUUUAGGCUCGUUUAUUGAUCAUUUAGACAAUAAAACGGUCAAUGAGAAAGCAACAGGAUUUACAGAUACCGUACCAAUCAUCAGAGAGAGUACUAUAAAAUCAAUUCUUUUGCUCGCUCCAAAGUUGACAGAGCGCAACAUAAAUAACGAUUUGUUGCGAUAUUUGGCAAAGUUACAAAUGGAUGAGGUGCCUGGGAUUCGAACAAAUACUACUAUUUGCUUAGGAAAGAUUAGCAAAUACCUGAGUGACAGCACCAAAAAAAAAGUAUUGGCGACUGCAUUUACAAGGGCACUGAGAGAUCCAUUUCCUCAUGCUAGAGCGGCGAGUUUGAUGGCACUGACAGCAACACUAGAUUAUUAUGACGCGAUUGAUUGUGCAACACGAAUAUUGCCUUGUGUAUCAUUCGUUUUGGUCGAUAAAGAGAAACCAGUACGCAUACAAGCUUUCAAAUCGCUUGAUGCGAUUACCAAACGAUUAGAAAAAUUGGUUGAAUCAAUGCCCGAUUCAGCCAUCAUACCUGAUCAAAAUUCGGCAGGAAAUGGUGAUACUUCGUUAUCGGCUUCAGUUGCAGGUAGUGUGGUUAGUGUUGCCGAAAGUUGGACUGGAUGGGCUGUUACAUCGUUGACUAAAAAGAUCGCUGGGAUAAAUGUGGAAGGCGAAAUUGCAGCAGCACCUAUAAACAGUAAAAUCAUCGGAGUAAACGGUGAAGACGAAAUUGUAACAGCAGCUACAAACAGUAAGAUCACUGGGGCAAAUGUUGAAGACGAGAUUAUAACAGAAUCUACAAACAAUACAAAUGAUAGCAUUAGCGACAGAAUUAGCAUGGAUCAGAGCGUUUAUGCAGCAACCUCGUCAAUGAAGCUAGGAGCACAUCCGACGGAUGGUUGGGAAUUGGAUGAUUUUGAAUGGAGCAAUAAUGAUGGGUGGGAUGACGAUUGGGAUACUUCAAAACCAUCACCAACAACUUCGACUAGAUCCGUAAGCCCGAUUCAAAAAUCAACACCUUCUAUCGUCAUUGUUUCUAAAGAAGAUAAAGCAGCAGAACUUAGCAAGAAAAGAGAAGAAAGGCGACAGAGUAACUGUUUCGCAACUUAG